UUUUCGUCGGACAUAGUUCUUCCCCACCUAAUAUUUUUUUGUUCAGGGAGAUCAUGGAUGACAACUUUGCGCCAGGGGAAGCUGUUGACGGCCUCAUGGCGGCGCGGGAGGCCGGGAAGUGGAACGAGACGGCGAUGCUAGUCAUUGACAUGCAGAACGAUUUCAUUUUACCGGGUGGUCCGAUGCAUGUCGCCGGUGGUCAGGCCAUCGUUCCGGAAGUCAUCCACGCCGUCUCUGUUGCGAGGCACCGUGGCAUCUCCGUAAUUUGGGUCUGUCGCCGUAGAAACCAUAGUUUCCUUAUCUUUCUUCAUUUUUCCCUUCCGUUUACAAUGUUUGUUUCCUUUUCAUGUUUAUUCCUCAAGAAUUCUUCAAGUGAGAGCAUGGGGAUGCAAAUGGACCAUAUUAAGUUUUUGUUUUCUUUGGUUGGGAAUGGUUUAAUGGUUUUUGAAUUUAAGUAGUUUUCUUUAAAGAGCAUUGAAGAGGGGUUCUGAGGAAUUGGUCGGAUUCUAGUUUACAC